AUGGACAAUGGCCGAUCUCGAUCGCUUCUUCACGAUAGAAAAAGCUCUAAAUCUCGAGGUUAUUCGACUUUCGAUCCUGGAGGAUCAAUUGACAGAGGAAUUCUAGCCAGCGAAGAUCUCGAGAGAAGUUCUAAGAGGAACAAUCCAAGGGCUACAACUAUUGAAGAAGAAAGGGAAAGUCUUUCAAUUUCGUGGGAAAACAUCGAUGUAUUUGUUGAGCAACCCGGGCCAUCUUUCUUGAAACGUUUGUGUUUUGGAACAGGAGACAACGAGAGACCGACUACUAAACAAAUUCUUUUUAAUGGUGAGUGAUUUUUUUAGCCGGUUAUUAGCUUAUGCCCUCAUAUCAAUCGUUCCAAAGAAGAUUGAACAAAUGUUAUUCAAAUGUCAAAUUUAAUUUACCUAAGAGCGAUUUUUCCACUUGCGCACGCUUCAUCUUUAUUGAAACUGAGAUAAAUUGAGCUUGCUUUUCAAAAUGUGCCAUAUAAUGAAGAAUUUGUAUUUUUUUGCUUAGCUCUAGAGAAAAGUUAUAAACGUGACUUGAGCACAUAAGCUUUGUUUGGCUUAAUCACAUGGCCCCGAUUGUUCGAAGGGGAAAUAACGCUAUCCACUCUAUCUCUAUCCAGUGUAUAGUGCAGUACAUUUCGUUAGCGUUAUCCGUUGGAUAGUGUUAUCUCCCAACAAUUGGGACUUGACAGAUAAGCGUUAAGCGCUAGUUUGUCUGCGUAAAACUUAUCCCAAUAAAACUUUAACGAGCGACAAAUUGAUCCUCUCCGGAAAACUAAUUUAAAUUUAUUUCACACAAAGAAUUUUGAAAAAUGAAAGCUUCAAUGAGGAACUGACCUAUGCCUCUUAGAUGUUUGAUUGAUUACGAAAUAAGCUGUGAAAACACAUGCUAUACUGUGGUAGUACAGUUUUGAUGUGCGGGAAGGAGACUAAAAACAAGUAAAUCUUUUUCAUAGGAAAUUGUUUCGUACAUGCAUAGCGCCAAAUUUUAAGGAAUAGCAAUAGAUUCAAUCGUAUUUUUUGAGUGAAAGGCUCACAAGAGACUGAAGGCUCCGUGAAAAAGUUCUUUUUCGAACGUGAGUCUCAUUAGAAGAUCGCUCUUAUUAUUUUUAAAUGUGUUUCAGGCGCAACUGAGAUGUAUGCCCCUUGCGGAUUUGAAUUGUUUUUGAGUAGUCUAGUAAUUCUUAGAAAUAUUGGGUUCCUUAGGAAGUUGACACUUUCCGGGUAUUAUUGCGGAAAUCACGUAAUUUUGCGGAUUAAUAUUUUUAAGUCAAGGCCAGCGACGAAAGUGAAAAAAGAUAUUUCACUUAUCUGAAGUUUCUUUUUUUCUGCCGAUUUUUGGUAACCGACUUUUGAUUGUUCUACUUUGCAGUGAGCGGCAAUGUCGAAGCUGGUACUUUGUUAGCUGUUAUGGGAUCAAGGUAAUAAAAAAGGUUAUUGACUUGGUAAUUAAUGUAGAUCCAUAGUUUUAAAACGUGACCAGUGUGACCAGAUCAGCAUGUGAACACCUCAUUGGAUCACAGUUAGUUGUCAUGGAGUUGAGGGAUAACAGGCGUGAUCAGUAUGUGAACACCUCAUUGGAUCACAGUUAGUUGUCAUGGUAUUGAGGGCCCAAUGACCUCUGGGUAGUCUAUUGCGCAAUUUUUCCAUUUUGUGGCGGAAACAAAAAAAAAAAAAAGACGAAAAAAACAAAGGCAUUUUAUGACUGGGCUACCACAGGUAUCCCAGUAAUUAACGGUGGCGACAAGUAGGCGCACUAUGUAUAUUUCAUAUUCGCUAUCAAGCAAAUUUUGCCGGACUUCGAGUUUGUCUCAAGAUGGAACAACACAAAUACACAAGGAAAUUUUUACAGUAACUUUAUAACCAUCCUUUGGUCUUUAAAGAGCUUGAAGCUCAGUAGAUUUGGUCAUAUCGGUCAUUGUUAAAACUGUCUUUGUUUUGAUGCUACUUUUCGACAUAGGAAAAGUAUGUCGGACAAAAAUAUUCACCAAAAAAUAGAUAUUUCUUUGCCAGCUUCAAUAACGACAGAGGGUUAAGUUUAGAUGAUAAAACAAAGGAUUAUGUUCACAGAAAAACCGUAGGUCUAGUACAGUCGUUACAUGAGGUCACACAACCCGGGUAAUAUUCACGGUGAAAAUUUGCAUAUUUGAGCGGUCGAACGAAAAAGUCAUUUCUCGAAAACUAAAAUAUAUUUUCACAAAAAAACUACGCCACAAUUAUUAGAACAUAUUGGGCUACAAAAUAUGAAAGUAGGAGAGAAAAAGAAUUUUGGGCGACUUGCCACAAUAUUUCAAAUUUGUUCGAUGGAUGCUGACAUCCUCUCUUAAGCGGGGAGCAUGUGACAGUAGUGAAACUGAUGACCCUGAGUCCUUCUGUAAGAAGAAGCUUAAAAUAUAAAAAUGAAUGAUGAUCUAUACUUGAAAUAUUACAUACUGCAAAAUGAUAUCAUAAAAAUAACUAUAGGUUAGUAAUCGGAAUCGUGCCUAAAGUGUUAGUUUCUUUCUGUCUUUCUAAAGGGGUAUUUAUCAAUCGCUUUUUGAAACUUUUUGUGUCCUUAGAGAUUUUGAGCUCUUAAUUUAGGCUAUACCAGCUAGUGUUUAAUCGAUCUAUAACCGGGAAUGAUCGCCUCCCUUCAGUAGAAUUGUUGUAGCGGCAGCGUAGGUUUAAUUUGCCAAAGCGUGUACUUCUGGAGAGAAAAUCAGAAUUUUAUUGAAGCAUAUACUUCAGGUGUUCAAGUGUUUUUCCAAGCGUUCUCUUGAGAGUUAUUGAGCAUCUGUUGAUGUGUGCGUCUGAUAUAGACGAGAAGCCAGUUUGACGUGCCGGGAACAAAAGCAGUGAGCGUGAGCGUGAGCGUGGUCCCACGCCCAAGAUGAUCCUUGCAGCUCUUUUUGCUGUAGUCUAAAAAAUGAUGUUUAGGUUUUGAUUAGAUGUUGAUGUCCAAAUGGCCAUAAAGGAGAGCUGUUUUGAUGAUAGUAUUGCAGUACAUUUUCUUAUGGUUUCUCUCAUGGACUGAUAUGUUUCAACAGACCAAUUCUAUUUAUCACCUUGUUAGCUAGAGCAUUACAGUGACUUUCGAAAGUUUAGUCAUCAUCAAUCUCUACCCCGUGGAAUUUGUGUGAUCUAACUCUUUAUAUGAUCUUUCAAUCUGUGAGUCGCUCAAGGCAAUGGUCAAAUCAUUAUCUUGAUGUUGGUCUUGAAUCAUGCGUUUUCUGAAUCGCUUACCGAUGAUAAGCAUAGAUUUUGUUUCCUUUUUAUAAUCACCAUUUUGUUCAUAAUCGCUCAACGCUGAAUGUUAUCUAAGUCCCCUUGAAUGUCAGUGGCAAUGCAAUCACAAGUCAUAUCAUGGAGAAAAUCAAAACAACGAAAAGCAUCAGGUGUUCUAUAAAUUUUCCUUGUCAGCCAUUUUUUUUUUGGCAUUCGUAUGGACCUCAACCUUCAGGGGAUUUGCAUUUUUUUGGAAAAACGCCCUAAAAAAAAAAAAAAAUCAGUCACUGAAUCCCCUCCCUACCCUUCCCUCCUUCCCACCUUCCCCCUUACCCUUAAGAACAAAUCGUGGUCAGCGGCUAAUAUGUCAAAACCUUCCGAUAGUCAAAGUUAUUACACGUUUCUUUUCCAAAUAUAGCGGAGCUGGGAAGUCCACCUUGAUGAAUGUAUUAGCUCAUCGUAACAUCGGCCAGAUGGAAGUGAGGGGGACUGUGGAAGUCAACGACCGCCCAAUUGGAGCCGAAAUCAACACCAAGUCUGCUUACAUUCAACAAGAGGAUAUCUUCAUUGGAUCUCUGACUGUCCGAGAACAUUUGACGUUUCAGGUAGAUUGCUUAUGUUAUUUGUUUACGAGCAGGCUUGCCUGAAUAACAGACUGAUUGCCUGACUAAUAAAGGGCGGGUAAGUUUCUAAUGAAACAGUGGCGCAGCAUUAAUGAGGGAUAUUACAGGGUGAUUUAGUUUUAUCAGCUUAGUCGAUAAUGUAACUUCUAAAGCUGACGUUCUGAACAUUAGCCCCUCUACAGAGCGACUGACUGAAUUUUUGACCGAAUGACUGAGCGGCUCACUCUGAUUUUGGCAACUGACAUAUUGCCUAACGAACUGACUGAGUGAAUGACUUCGGACGAACGAGAAAAAAAAAAAAAACGGACGCAUGGGACAAAACACUAUGCAAUACUGGCCAGCUUUUAUUCAGAGAUUUCUUUUUAUGCCAUCCCUCCACGCUUUUAAAAACAGAUUAUAACGAACUAAGUAAAUAAAAAAAAAACAAUUUAAACGAGGAUUGUGGUGAAGAACUUGCAGCAUUUCAAGUAAUUUGUUCUCAUCGAUCUUUUCAGGCCUUUUUGCGCAUGGAAAAGUACAUUCCUAAAGAGCAGCGGAUUGAACGUGUCGAGGAAGUGAUACUUCAGGUAUGGCGCAUCUGAAAUGAGUAAGAAUGAAGCGCGUUUUAAAAUAAUUGUUGAAUUCGGAUUGAAUUUAAAAUCUGUUUCUUCAAAGCUUGGGCUAUCAAAGUGCGCUGAUACUUACAUAGGAAUUCCGGGACGGCUACGAGGGAUCUCGGGAGGAGAAAAGAAAAAGACUGUCAUUCGCCUCGGAGGUAGGUACUCUGGCCGAAGUUCCCAUACUGUCGGAAAUUACAGCUGCUUUUUAAAGUAUAAAUAAGUGUGUUCUCUCUCUCUUUGUACCUGUUAUGCAAGUAAAUCACAGGUACAGUAAAGGUAAUUCCACUCCUUCCUUCCCCUCUUGCAUAUCACCAAUACCCAUAUAUACUCUUGGAUAAAUUGAGCCCUUGUGGGCGGAAAGUGGCUCUCCUCAAUACAACAUCAUAACAAUUCGGCCAGAGCUAAAAGCCGAAACCAAUCCCGAUUCCCAACACGAACCCAAAAGGUGUGAAACAUCCCCUUUGCAAGCUGAAAAGUAAAAAAAAACUCACUUUUUCAACAGAUUAUAACAGACCCUCCAUUGCUGUUUGCUGA